CAGAAUUUUAUUGUGCUUAUAUCCUGUACAGCCGUCCUGCAGGUAUGCAUCCCCCAGCGCCCACUCGUUCAUGGUACUGCAGAGUGUCUCGAUGUCCCUGCAACAUUACAUCGAGGACCUCAUUAAAUUGUCCGGCGAAGAUAUCGAUUUCUACGUAGCGAGUAGUCUUCCGCUGGACUCUGACGUUGCGAACAUGUCUCUAGGCGAGACCGUUGGCCCAUACUCCAUCAACGCUCCGCACGCUGGCCAUGUUGAAGCCUUACCUGGCGGUUUGGCUCCGAGAAAGGACCGUUUCACUACUGCUGGGAACCAUGCAUCUUGGGGAGUACCUGGAUGCACAGCUGUCUCGGACUGCCAUGAAUCGGGGACUAGCUCGUCAACCAAGAAUGAGAAACCCUGUGCGGCUUGUCAGAUGCGCAAGAAAAAGUGUGAAAAAGACGAGACCGAGUUGAAAUGUCGUUACUGUCGUAAAAAAGACGUAGAAUGUUUGCCACAUAUACCAGCUAGACUCAUUAAAGACGUGUAUGGGAUAGAUGUUCUUGAAAAGAGCACUCCCAGAGCAGACAAGGAUGGCUUCGUCCAUGAGUAUGUUGGGAAAAUUGCCAAGGCAUCUUUAUAAUCAGUUAUUGCUAUUAUCUAUUGAUACUUUUGCUCUCUUCAUAAGCAUCUGGCGAUGAAUAUUCGAAACACGAUCAUCACUUCUGGGCUAUACUCAUUGAGCGACCCUUUAUUUAAUUAGGAUACCACUUAUCUUUGUCAAAUGCUGUUCUUUUAACUACUUUCUUUUAACUGCUCAUUCGCAUUCAUGGAUUUCUAUUAGGCUUCCGACCAUAGCCAAACUCAUAAGCUUUCAUCUAUUCUCCGUUUGCUUCAUGCAAGGUCAUUUACCGCUUCACUUUCUCAACUACUCUUAAACAUUGAUUCAUUGAUUGCUGUGCAUC